CCUAAGCCCACCCAACCUCCAACUAAGGUUACAAACAAACCAAGGGUGAACUAACCACGGUUACUCUCUUCGCAAUUAGCUCUCAUUCUCAGAUCAGCUCAAUCUCUAGGGUUUCGAACCGCGAAAUUAUUGAUUUUUGUCAUCAAAUCACUUGAAUUUUCAAUUUAUUUCUUCGUGCAGAUUACUUUAUAGAUCGGUAUAUGGAAACCCAACCAUUAAUGGAAUUUCCUCGGAGAAAUAUAGAUAAGCGACCUCGAAAACGGCCUCGUUUGGCAUGGGACGUAGGGCCUCCAAUUCAGCCUCCAAUUCCACCAAUUCCCAAGGUUCUUCCAACAAUAUACUGUGGGCAAGAGUUUGGGAACGGAGCAUUGCUGAACUAUGCUUAUUCUUCAAUAUAUUACAAGGGUAUCCCUCAUAAUGGAUCUCCUCCUCGGAGACCAGAUGAUAAAGAUGGCCACUAUGUUUUUGCGAUUGGGGAAACCUUAACUCUUCGCUAUAGGAUACUCAGCAAAAUGGGGGAAGGGACUUUUGGACAAGUCCUUGAAUGCCUAGACAAUGAAACAAAGGAACUUGUGGCAAUUAAAGUUGUUCGUUCUAUACAUAAAUACCGAGAAGCGGCAAUGAUUGAAAUAGAUGUCCUUCAGAAACUUGCCAGGCAUGAUCUUGGUGGCAAACAUUGUGUGCAAAUAAGGAAUUGGUUUGACUAUCGUAAUCAUAUAUGUAUUGUUUUUGAGAAGCUUGGUCCAAGCUUAUACGAUUUUCUUCGCAAAAACAGCUAUCGUUCAUUUCCCAUUGAUCUUGUCCGGGAGUUUGGCAGACAACUUUUGGAGUCUGUAGCAUUUAUGCAUGAUCUGCGACUGAUUCACACUGAUCUGAAGCCAGAAAAUAUUCUCCUUGUUUCGUCAGAGUAUCUUAAAGUUCCAGAUUACAAGUUCCUGCUGCGACCUGCAAAAGAUGGUUCCUACUUCAAGAAUGUACCAACGUCAAGUGCUAUUAAGCUCAUUGACUUCGGCAGUACUACGUUUGAACAUCAGGAUCAUACUUAUGUGGUGUCUACACGUCAUUACCGUGCUCCAGAGGUUAUUUUAGGUCUUGGAUGGAACUAUCCUUGUGAUAUGUGGAGUAUAGGUUGCAUACUUGUUGAGCUUUGCUCUGGUGAGGCUCUUUUUCAAACACAUGAGAACUUAGAACAUCUCGCAAUGAUGGAAAAGGUGCUAGGGCCUCUUCCUCAGCACAUGUCUGUGAGAGCUGACCGCCGUGCUGAGAAAUAUUUUAGAAGGGGUGCAAGGUUGGAUUGGCCAGAGCGUGCAACUUCAAGUGAAAGUAUGAGGGCUGUCUGGAAAUUGCCUCGUCUCCAGAACCUAAUAAUGCAGCAUGUGGACCACUCUGCUGGAGAUCUCAUUGAUCUUCUGCAAGGGCUGCUUUGUUAUGACCCAACAGAACGGCUGAAAGCUAGAGAAGCAUUACGGCACCCCUUCUUCACUAGAGACCUGAGAAGGUGUGGUUAUCCAAUGUAAUUGACAACCUCUUAUUUUAAUCUGUGUUUCAGUUGAAAAGA